ACAACACACCAAUGUACAGGUAUGUUCAUCAAGUCAAGCAGCAUUCGUCUUACUGGUAAGUGUAAGAUGAGGAACCGUCCAAGGAUCCAACGCAAAGUGACGUGCAUCAUCUACAACCAAGACGCUGGUGUCACCAAAGCCUUCAGAAAUAUCCCAGGCAUCACUCUGCAGAUCGUGAACAAACUGAACCUCCUGAGGCUCGCCCCUGGUGGUCACGUUGGGCGCUUCUGCAUCUGGACUGAGAGCGCUUUCCGCAAGCUGGAUGAGCUGUAUGGCACCUGGCGUAAACCCGCCACCCUUAAACUGGGCUACAACCUCCCAAUGCACAAGAUGACCAACACAGACCUAAGCAGGAUUCUUAAGAGUGAGGAGAUCCAGACCCAACAAGAAGAUCAACCGCAGAGUUCUGAAGAAGAAUCCUCUGAAGAACUUGAGGAUAAUGCUCAAACUGAACCCUUACGCCAAGACAGCAAGACGUAAUGCCAUCCUCAAGCACGACCCUUCGGUAAGAAGUGCAUCGGUUCAAGAUGGAAGC